UCAGUCUCGUCGAGUCGCUCGUGACGGGUGUGCGCGUUUCGCGUCUCGUUUUGUUCGCUCUCGCGAUCACGAGUCCGCCUGCGUGCAUGCGGCCGUGCGUACGUGCGUGCGCCUGUCGUUUGUUCGUUCGUCUGUCCAUCUGUCUGUCAGCCAGUCGUGCGUGUGUGUGUACACGCAUACACGCGUGAAGUACAUACUUUCAUCUCGCAUUAUAACACGAACUGACUGGCCGGGAGCGCUGUUGAAUAUACGUGAUAUUGCCUGGACUCGUCGCGAUCGCCGUCUUUGACCUCUCUUCUUUCUCUUUCUUUCUCCCCCUGUCUUUCCUUUCCUCCUUAAAGUCCUCCUCCUCCUCCUCCUCCUCCUCCUCCUCCUCCUCCUCGUCAUCCUCCUCUUUCUCCUCCUUCUCCUCCUCCUCUUCUUCUCUUCUUUCUCCUCCUCCCCUUGUGAGCGCCUCAAAUGUUCGCGCCGCAUGCUCCGAGUGCUCGCAACAAUACCGCCGCUCGUUUUCGCCGUCGUGCCGUCUGACGGCGCGUCCGCUGAUCGUUCGAGGAACGAUCAUCGCGUUCCGAUACGGUGAAUGACUCUACAAACGAUCGAUCCUAAUCUGUAGAAAACUGAGAAGAAGAAGCUGCAAAAGAACGAGCGAGGAGAAGAAUCUAGGACCACUGUCGAGAAGAAAAACGAUUCCUCGCGAGUAUCUCCGCCGCCGAUUUCUCGCGCGCAUUCCCCUCGGGUUUCUCCUCUCCUCUCAUCUCUUCUCUUCUCUUCUCUUCCUCCGGCCGUCCGUCGCGCCGGGGCCAUUUUGCCGAAAUGAAAAUAACACCGCGAGCCACGCCGGUCCUGCUCGCGAUCAUCCUCCUCUUACACGAUUGCACCCGCACGGCAUACACGAAAUCGUCGCUCCGUGUGCGCGCCGUCGACAACGACAACGACUUCCUCAUCGCCGUCAACGUCACAGACUGCGACCGGGUCAAGCCGUUUUUCGACAGCAAGAACAUCAGUCUAGUGCCGGCGAAGGAUCUUUCGAAGACAAUAUGCGGAGGCAAGUGCUGCGACGAGGAAAUGGAGAAGCAAUUGAAGCAACAAGCCCGGGCGGAUUUUCACAAUCUGAUUCAUCAUCACAGUAGGACUCUGCAAGGUCUCCUCAUCACCACCGCCGACUUUCUCAGAGGUUCGGUGGCCGAACUGGCGCGACAGUCGCAGAACACGACUCUGAUUAUGUUCCACAAGGCGUACAGUUCGAUGGAGGAGUCCAGCGAGCCGUUUGUCAAGGCGCUUUACAAGUCGAUAGUGAACUACGUAUCGCCCGCCAACACACCGGACAACCUGCAGCAACCGCUGAGCCGGGAGAUGUUGCAGGAGAAUAUACUCGAAUUCUUCACACGGUUGUUUUCGAUCGCCUACUUGAAACUCAUCAAUCCGCAACAACAACAAGAGGAUCAGGAGGAAUUAACAAACAAGUUCAAAGUCUGCUUGCAUGAGUCAAUGGUCGACAUACAGCCGUUCGGCGAUAUACCGCAGGAAACCUCGCUCGCGGUCAGCAAGAGCCUGGAGGCCACCAGGGUGUUGGUGCAGGCGCUCAUACUCGGUAAAACUGUGCUCGAGAAGACUGAUGGCAUACUCUUCAGUCCCGAUAUUCACAGCCUUCAGCAGGAGGCCUGCAACGCCGCAAUAUUCAGGAUGACCUACUGUCCCAAGUGCAAAGGCCUCGCUAACGCCAUCAUGCCCUGCAACGCAUUCUGCAUCAAUGUGAUAAGGGGCUGCCUGACCGAGCCAGCGUCCGAACUGGAUCUCGCGUGGUCCGGUUACGUGGAGACGAUCGAGAGACUCAUCGUGGCGGUGGACGGUCAUAACGAUCCUCUGGGCCUGAAUACCGUGAACGCCGUCAAGCAGUUAGGCACUCGCAUUUCGGAUGCCAUUUUGCGCUCAUUGGAGAAUGGACCGAAGAUUGUGAAGAAGGUGAGGUCAGUAUGUGGCCGUUCGAAGUUGCUGGCGUCGAGCAAAGAGAAGACGUCCUCGGAUGCAGCUGCAGUCGCGAAAUUGACUACGUUCCCAGGCAGCAAGGCACACGCAGCUGCGUCAUUUUACGAUGGCAACCUCGCGCACCAAGCCGACGACAUCGCGCCCACCAAAGGCAAAAGCCAGGACCAAAAGUUAUACGUGCAUCUGGGCAACUUUCUAGCAAGCAUGGUCAGAUCCCGCAUCUUCUACGGCACGUUGGCGGACUCGAUAUGCGAGGACUACCCCGAGAAACACUGCUGGAACGGCGAACGCGUCGGAGAAUACUCGAAAACCGUGGUGGAUUCCAGCCAGACCGCCCAACGAUACAAUCCUGAAUUUACCAUAACGGCGAUGUCGUCGAAGAAGACUUCCUACGACAACACGAACAUCAGAUCGUUCAUUGACCAAUUGAGACACAUUAAUCAGAUGGUGCAGUCUCAAUUGGCAUCGUCACCUGACGCUGGUGCUUUCCUGGGAGACGAGGCUUUGGACGGGUCCGGAAGCGGAGACGGGCCGUAUUGGAGACCGCGCGCCAACGGCGGCUUGGACGACGACGAGGACGGUGACAAUCACGACGACGACGACGACGACGACGACGACGACAGCGAGGGGUCCGGCUCCGGGAUGGGUCCCACCACGACAGAUACAUCGGUGAAAAUUCAUCAGAGUGGCUCGGCCGGUAGCGGUUCGUCGACCAUCCUGCUGUCGUUCGGCGCCUUCGUGGUUGUCUGCGCAUCGCUUAUCGCUUAAAAUCGCCACGAGAUGGAAUCAGGAAACAAGAUUGAUCGCCGACGGCCGACAUAGACGACGUAGAUAAGAAGGAAAGUUAGACUAGAGAGAAAGAGAGGGGGAAUGAAAGAGAGAAUGAGAGAGAGAGGGAGAGAGAGAGAUAUCUUACCGAUUGGCGGAAAGUCGUUAGUAGAGCAAACGCGUCGGGAGAAUCCGUUUCGCGCGGCGUUUCUUCCGGCGCGAACGUCGGGAGGUGCUUCUGCUGCGCCCGGAGGACGCCGAAAUCGUAUAGAAUGCUGUUGAUAAUUUAUCGGUGGCGCUGGGCAGCGAAGCGAACUGUUCCUGCCGCGGUCCUGCUCGAAAGGACGCGCGGCGGUUUCCAGUGAUAUAUCGAUGCGCGGGGAGAGGGGGAGAAAUAGAGAGAGAGAGAGAGAGAGAGCACAUGUGUGUGUGUGUGUGUGUGUAUGGAUGUGAGAGAGAUGUAUGAAAGUAUACACUAGAGUGAAAGAUAGAGAGAGAGAGAGAGAGAGAGAGAGAGAGAGAGAGAGAGAGAGAGAGAGAGAGAGAGAAGAACAUACG